CCCUGAAUAGGCAUCUUCCGAGAAAUUCCCUCCAAGGUUCUUCCCAGAGACGACUCCUAACCGUCAUACCCGCCCUGCAGGAAAGAAGUAUGCUUCGUCUCUGGAAUAGAAGCCGCACCUCUCUUCUUCGUUUCUCUAUCCCUCGUCCCUUCUCUUCUUCUCCAAACAAUUCCAUUGAAUGCCCUAACCAUCUCAAUCAAUCACAUCAAGUCCCUCCUCCUCCGCCAAUACUUCACCACUUAAACCCCCUGUCUCCUCUCCCCACAACUCUCUCUCGCCCCUCCCUCCUUGCCGUUUCUGCAACCCUAAUAUCCGCUGUCAUCGCUACUUGCGCUCUCGUCUCCGUUCCCACCGACGAUGAAUCCAAAUCCGGACCACGCCAUCUCUACGCCGAUUUUGAACAGGCGAUUGAUAAGUCCAAUGAUUCUCUCAAAAGGAUCGUGAAUCGGAUGAAGCAGACCGGCGUCGCCGCCUCGGUUCUAUGGCAGUCAUUGACGUCGGUGCUGUCUUCGGCCAAUUAUGAGGUCCGUUCAGGGUUCGAGCUUAAGGUUGCGGCGCUUCUGGCUGACAUUGCGGCCGCUAAUGCCAGCCGGCGGCAGGCGAUUGUUGGAGCCGGUGGCGGUAAGGUUUUGGAUUGGUUGCUUGAGACGGUGGCGGUUUCCGGUGAUAAUGCCGGGACUCAGGGGGAGUCGGCGAGAGCGCUGGCUCACUUGCUUGGGGAUCCUAAUGUGUGUGAGGCAGUGCUUGGGAGGCCUGAUGCAGUUCCCAAUCUGUUGAGGUUUAUUUUUUCUUCUCAGCCUCAAACUUCAAAGAAGCAUGCAAGACGUAGUUCAUUGGAUGUUUCUGAUUCUUUGAAAGGUAGGAGCAUGCUUGUUGCUGCCAUUAUGGAUAUCGUGACUUCCAACUGCGAUAGUUUAGAAAAAGUGUCAUUUCAGCCAUCCCUGCCAGGAAAUGCAAAAAUGAGAGAUAUUGCAGCUGCCAUUGAAGUUAUUGAGGAUGGCAGUAUGCAUUUUGAUGAGCCACAUGUAAAUGCAGAAAGUGAUGAUGGUGGAAAAGGAAUGCGAGGUAUUGGAAUUAAAAUUCUUGGAGGUACAACGGUUUUAGGGCUUUCAAGAACUCAUGGUCUUAUGAAGUUGGAGCAUUCUGAUGCCAAUCACCUAGAAUCAAAUAGAUAUGAUCCUAAAACCCAUUUGCUGCAAAAAAAUCAUGCUGGUUCACUAGCACAAGCAAAUUUAUCUUCUUCUGUUCCUGGUCUGUGGGAUGAUCUGAGGUCUCAACAUGUUGCUGUGCCUUUUGCUGCAUGGGCAUUAGCUAAUUGGGCUAGGGCAUCAGAGGUGAAUAGAACUCAUAUUCAAGAACUGGAUCAAGAUGGGCAUGCUGUCAUGGCUGCUUUAAUGGCGCCUGAGAGAACAGUGAAAUGGCAUGGGAGUUUGGUGGCUCGGUUGCUAUUGGAGGAUAACAAUCUCCCAUUAAAUGAUUCUGUUUCUGAUUGGAGUUCCAGUCUUCUUUCUACUGUUUCUCAGGCAAGUAAAACUGAAGACAUUUCUUUGGCUCAGGUGGCUUUGUCUGCGUUUUUGCUUUCUGUUGAGAAAAGCGUUGGAGCGCAGAAGGUAGUAAUGGAGAAGGGCCUUCAUCUGAUGAGGGAAACUGCUAAAUCAACAACGAAGCAUAAGCAUGUGCAGGAAGCAUUGGCCAAGGCUUUAGAAUUGCUUUGUACUGGAAAAAUGCAUUUAUCUUUUGAAGAGAGUCAAAUGUGGUCUGGAAUAUUGAUUCCUUGGGUUUUUGGAAAAUCUUCCUCUGACACAAUGCGAUCUUCAGCCACAAAAAUUCUUUCAUGCAUUCUUGAAGACUAUGGACCAUCAGCUUUACCAGUCUCUCAAGGAUGGUUAGCUAUGCUGCUAACUGAAAUUCUAGGCUCCCACAAGCAAUCAGUCAAAGGAAGCGCUCCCCCAAAAUCCGAUAAAGUGAAGACUCAAAUUGAUCAGGCAAACAUUCUCUCUGCUACACAGACUGCUAAUCAAUUGGUGGGUGCUGUUGUUGAUCUGGCUGGAAAUCAACUGCGAACCAUCAACAAUUCUGUUGAUACCUUCCCCCUGUCAGAUCUUCUUUCUCUUGAACCUUUUGUGGGACGAUUUAAAAACCUUAACAAAGAUAACUUGCCCAAACUUGAUGCUGCAGACUCUGCACUCGCAACCCUUAAGGGGAUCAAAGCACUAACUGAAAUUUGUGCUGGAGAUUCUGAAUGUCAAAACGAAAUAGUUGAUUUUGGAGUCCUGUGUUUGCUAAGGCGCUUUUUGCUGCGAGAUGAUUAUGAGCAACUGGCUGCAAUUGAAACAUAUGAUGCAUCAAGAGUCAUGGAGACCCAGGAGAGGGUUUCAAGUGUUCCUGGUGAAUCACAUGUUUCAGAUAUUAAUGAUCCAUCAAGUGUUCGAGUUCCACGUACAGCUCACAUUAGAAGGCAUGCAGCUCGGCUGCUAACUAUACUCUCAGUCCUUCCAAAGGUCCAGAAAGCCAUUGUAGUGGAUGAAAAUUGGUGUAAGUGGCUUGAAGAAUGUGCUAAUGGGAGUAUUCCAGGAUGCCAUGACUUCAAAAUUCAAAGUUAUGCCAGGGCUACACUGUUGAACGUAUUUUGCACUGAUCAGACCAAUGUAAAUGCUGGGAAUGAUAAAUUUCCUGAUACUGAUAUUAUGAACCAAAACCGCAUUUGCCCACGUUAUGAUGACAUGAUAUUUCUAAUCAAUCCUGAACUGCCACAUUGGAAUUGUUAUAAAAAAGUUGACUCAGACACUGUCCAAAGGAUGCCAACAGAAAAACCAAAAUCUGAUGAUAAAUCAUCAUCAAGUGAUGAUGAUUCUAUUGAUGGUAAUGGUAGACCUUUAACCACGGUUUCCAAUAAUGGUAACUUGUCUACUUCUACUCAUGGAUCAGACAGCUAUUCAUCAUCAGAGUCUCCCCCAUUAGAUGUUGUUUUUGUUCAUGGCCUGCGUGGAGGACCUUUUAAAACUUGGCGAAUAACUGAGGACAAGUCCUCCACUCAGUCUGGCCUUGUAGAGAAGAUUGAUCAGGAAGCCGGAAAGCAAGGAACCUUUUGGCCAAGAGAAUGGCUUGCAGCUGAAUUCCCUCAUGCACGAUUGUUUUCUCUUAAGUACAAGACAAAUCUUACCCAGUGGUCUGGAGCUAGUCUGCCUCUUCUGGAAGUCAGCUCCAUGCUGUUAGAUAAGCUCGUAGCUGCAGGCAUUGGGAACCGGCCAGUCGUGUUUGUGACUCACAGCAUGGGAGGCUUGGUUGUUAAGCAGAUGUUGCAUCAAGCGAAGGCAGAGAAUAUUGAUAACCUUGUUAAAAACACCAUUGGAAUUGUAUUUUAUAGCUGCCCACAUUUUGGCAGCAAACUUGCAGACAUGCCUUGGCGAAUGGGCUUUGUGUUUCGCCCAGCUCCCACAAUAGGGGAGUUAAGAAGCGGAUCUCCCAGAUUAGUAGAGCUUAAUGAUUUUAUUCGUCACCUUCAUAAGAAAAAACAGCUCGAGGUUCUCAGUUUCAGUGAGACCAAGGUAACUCCAAUUGUAGAAGGUUAUGGAGGAUGGGCCUUCCGAAUGGAAAUCGUGCCAAUUGAAUCAGCAUACCCUGGAUUUGGUGAACUCAUUGUAUUGGAGUCAGCAGAUCAUAUAAAUUCAUGCAAGCCAGUCAACCGCACCGAUCCAUCUUAUACAGUGACGUUGGAUUUCUUACGUAAACUGAAAGCCCGGUUGACACCAUAAAGAUGUUAGCGAUAUAGAAAUUGGAAGUUGGAAGUUAGGCCUGACAAUGAGUUAGAUCUUCAGCAGCUGCCAGCAGAGCAUAUUUUGAAAUCUGCCACUUGCAAUCCAAUUGCAGGAGUCAGCUGCCCUCCCCAUACUAACACUCAGUGGAAGCUCGCUAAUGGAAAUCUCCCACCAUUCUCUCCCUCUUUCCUUUUUUUCUCAGCAUUGUUCUGCAUCAUUAACAAAUUCUUUUAUUCUUUUUCCUCCCCAUCCUUGUAUUUUUUUUAUUUUUUAUUUUUUGUAUAUAAACACACUUACAGAAAGGUUCAAAACAUUGUCUUAUGCUGUAUUGUGCAAGCAUAAAAGUUAACAAAUUAAAAUAAAAGCAAAAUCCAGAAAUUACAUA